CAUGCAGUCUUUGAAUUACGAACCCAAUAUUCCUGCAAAACAGUUCACGUUCUCAUUGCAUCACACAAUGUUACACAACUGACCUUUUCUUAGGAGCGUUCUCAUUUUUAUAAAGAAUGCACGAUAUGGAUUAUCGUAGUUCGUAUUUCGGUAUCCUGUCGUGUGUUGUCCACUGCCGCGUGGUUUACUUGUUCUAGCGCUAGUGCGCUACAGUUUCGUUAUACGCAGUGACCAGCUACAAAUAAGCAUUAGCCGCUUUUGUGACGAAAAUAAAAGUGGGGCCUAAUUACAUCUUACACAGCUGUCUAACAUCCACGCUGUAUUGACUAGAAAUGUGAUAGUUGCCGGAUGUGUGCGCUCGUGUGUGGGAAAGUGAAAGUAACGCAAAGAAAAUGCGACAUGACACGGAAAAGAAAUAUAGUAUUGUGCUUGGGUGGUGCUCUAUCGUUUUCAGCAGGGCUACAUACAUUCGAGUGAUUUGUUUCAAAUGAGUGAAACAUCUGAAAAAAUGACAGUUGCAUGUGCUAAAGCUACGAAGCGGGUUAUGCAGUACAGUGAAAUAACUUAAUAUAUAGUGUACGCGUUGCUCCAAGCAUGGCUAUUUACGAUAAUAAACACUGGCUACUGUCUCAUAUACGAAACUCCUUCAUAAUAUCCGAUGAUACAGGGAUAAGUGAAAUGGCAAUGCUUGGUGAAGAUAUUCCAAAAACCAUGGCUGAACUGUCAAGGCUUGAGUGUUAUCCAGGACUGGACAUGAGUGAUGAGGAAGAUGAUAUGGAUUCAUUUGGACAGUCUUUCGACAUCAAAUCAGAUAUUGGGUUUGGAAUUCAUCGGCAGCGCUCGAACACGGCGCAGCACUUAGAGAGAAUGAAUCAGGAGAGGAAAAGGGCUGCAGGAAUAAAGCACAUUAAGUGGGAAUCAAACCCAAAUGUGUUAUCAAGUGAAGAGAGAGCAGCCCUUUUUGAAAGAAAGGAUUUUCGAAGGAGGAAUACCAUUCCUAGUGGCAAAAUCCAGUCUCUGUUAGCUGAUCAAUUGGAGAAGUAUCCCAAUCUGCCACCAAAUCCUUUCCAAGACUAUGCCAAAUAUGAUGGAACAGCUCAGGUUGGGAUGUCCAAAAGAUCGUAUGGUAUCUUUUUAACUAUGUUACCAGAAGAGCAAAGGAAUUAUCCAAUGCAUGUUGUUGUACUGGCAAAUGCAAAAGUGCAAGACCUUAUUGGGCUGAUAUGCUGGAAAGUGACACAAGAAUAUGGCGUGAACAAGCUGAAGGACAAUGUUGCUUACUAUGGCCUUUAUAUUGCUGAAGAUGAUGGAGAAGUUGAUUGGUACUUCCCUUGUAUUGAUCCACGAGAGACUGUUGGAAAGUUUACAUUUGCAUACUUGGCCCUUGUUGAACUCAAAGAAGCAGUGAAGCAAGUAGACAACUCCAAAGAUGAGAGGUAUUCUGCUGAAAUUUCAGGAACCACAGAGAGUGGGACAAGGCCUAAAGUAUUGUCACAAGAUGCUGAAGAUUGUCAGAGAAUGAGAAACCAUAUGACAGCUAUGGAAGCACCAUUGUAUCAAUCAUAUCGUUUGUACAUCAUCAACAAACUGACAAAAACAGAAAUACUUCUAGGAAUAUCUGGAGAGAAAGUAGAGAUUGACCCAGUUGUACAGCAGAAAGUGGCAUCAAAAUUCUGGGGGCGACAGAAAGCUGUAAGCUAUGACAUGGACAAUGUAGCUGCUUGUGACCUCACAGACACAAAAUCCGGUGGCCGUGCAACAUUUCGUCUUGUAUAUCAUCAUGCACCAUCAGCUGAGCAAAAUCAGCCUGCAGCAGCCAGUUAUAAGCACCAUGAUUUUGAAGCUGAUCAUGCAACAGCUGAUGAAAUUGUGCAGAAAGUCAAUCAUAUUUUGGAAUUAAGAUCUAGUGUACGGAGAAAAGAAUACCUCACUUUGCGGGAAAGGAAGUCUCACAGGCGGAAGAGUUUCCAUCUUGGACCAAGAUGAUUACUAGAGUUAGUACUUAGGUAUUUUGGUUAUACAGAUAAGUUAUGUCUUCAGUCUUGUUUAGCUGUUAAUCAUUCCUAAGUACCCAUGGAACGAGACAGUUACUGUUAGGAUAAUCUGAUGAGUAUUAUGUUGUAAUGUUCCUUUGGAAGUUCUCUUCCUUUUAACAAGUAUAGUAUUUUCAUGAAUGUGCCUGUUGACUCAGUCAAGUACUAAAUACUACUGGUUCUGGACCACACAUUUUGUGCAUUAUGGACAUAAAUCUGCUAUAAAAUGUGUGAUGCGGUUUUUCAGCUUUUUCCAGUGUACUUCAUGUUGAAAUAGUUCAUGGGUGAACUAUUUUGAUAUUAAUAAGUAUUUGUAAAAUAUGUAAAGAGUGAAAUAUUGUUACCUGGAUAAAGGGACCUUGUGUGAUUAUUUUGAAACAUUUUGUUGUUGUUUUACUAUUUAAUGUGACACAGUACUUAAAUCCAUCAGUAUACCAUAGAUAAGAGUUUUGCUUUGUCUAAUUUGUUUUAGAAUUAGCAACUGUGUUUGCUGACAAUGCUUAAAUUUGAGAUUUUUCGAAAUACAGUACAGUUUUCUUUGAGUAGAGCUGCUGUUCGCUGGCUGAGUUUGUUAUCUAAUUUCAAUGUGUCCUUGAAGAACUUGAAUAUGUGAUGAUAUUUUUUUAAUAUUUGAACUUCAAGUUUUAAGUGGGAGGGGAAGCAGUAAAAUGUUUGUAUAUUUGCUAGGCAAAUAAUAUGUCUAUUUAUUGGUAAUUAUAUAUGUAACUGUUAACAUUGAAAGGAAUGUUUUAAAGGACAUUAUGAGCAUGAUGCAAAUUUUACUUGUGUAGUAUAAUGUACUAUUCAGUUUUAGGGCUUAAUACUCUAUGAUCACAAAAUUAUCUAGUAACAAAUACAUGUAAUUAUUUCAUCUUAGCUGCUUUGUGAGUCCUGUUGCAGGAACUUUUAAGAGUGUUGUGUUUAAAGGAACUAUGUGUGAAAUUUGGAAUACCCAUGACUUACAGAUAUUGCUAGUCCCUCCCAUUUUAUUAAGUUUGUAUUAUAUGAAAUAUUAUAAGUAUAAUUUUUUGCUACUGCUGUUAUAGUUGUUAAUACUGUGUGUUAAUGUUAAUGUUGUUGUGUUCAGAGAGUUUUGUAUACAAUUUUAACUGUUACUAAAGUCAUUAAUUUAUUUAUAUAUAUGUAUUUGUUUAUUGAAAAUGCAGAAAAUACAAAUUAUUAAUUAAUAUCCGUAACAGUGCCUAAACAAUCAGAAACUGUAAUGCACUGAGAAGAUUAAUGGUGUAAGGAAAGUACCAGUUGCAGGGGAAAGUUACUCUUUAGGUUGGCGAGACGUAGUAUGCCAGGCUAAUGGCAGACAAAUCAAUGAAAUCUGUUCUUGCAGUGUAAGUGUACUUCAUUUGUUUGUUUAUUUUACUCUAAAUUGUUUUACAUUUUUAAGAGAUGUGUUAAAUGAAAAGAGAUUUUAUAUUGUUUCACAAUGUACUUAUUGCAUAAACUAACAUCAGUUGAUUGCAAUUGUUCAGUGUGGUUGUCAUAAACUUAGUGCUUCUAUGCCAGCUUCACAUAAUAAUCACAUGUAUGCUGCAGGAAAUAAAAUUUUCCAAUCCAGUA